GUUAAAAUAGUCUCUUGUUAUUUUUGCAUUAAAUCCGAAAAAAUAUCGUGUUCAAAAUAUACACACAAUUCAUAAUGGCGGCUUAUUAUUCGUUUGUAUUUUAACUCGACAUUAAAUUUAAUCAUGGGUGUUUGUAAAUGUAAGCAAAGAAAUGUCACAAAUCAGUUCUGUUACGUUUGCCGAAUGAAUGUCUGUGAAUCAUGCAUUGUUAAAGAUCAUCAACGGUGCAUCAUUAAAUCUUACGUCAACUGGUUGCAAGACAGUGAUUACAGCGAGACUUGUUCUCUGUGUCUUGAAUCAGUUAAACAAGGAGAAGUUAUUCGUCUAACUUGUUAUGAUUUGUUUCAUUGGGAUUGCUUCAAUAAAUGGGCUUUAAAAUUUUCAGAAAAUGCAAGUUCUGCAUCAUAUCAGUGUCCAGACUGCAAGGCUCCAGUUUUUCCAAGCACUGCAUUGGUAUCUCCUGUUGCUGAUGUGGUAAGACAAAGGCUUACAGCUGUUGCCUGGGGAAGGCGUGGUCUUGGAUUGAAACCUGAAAAAUUAGUUGAGCAGAAAUCUGAAGUUAGACCUGUAACUCCAGUUGUAGCAGAAACAAAUAUUCAAACAUCAACUCCAAUAUCAAGUUACAAACCGCUAUCAACUACUAUAAAAACUCCUUUUGUGCCGUUGUCAAAACAGUCUGCUUCAUCAUCAAAUGUUCGAGAGAAGUACUUAAAUGAUAAUACUGCUCCAGUUCACAAAGUUGUUGAUUCAACUCGGUAUGAUGCUAAAGUUGAUAUAUCUUUUGAUCACGAUGACAACAAAUAUAAAAGAAGAGGAAUUUUUCACUGGAUUGGAAACUUGCUUAAGUUAAACGAAAACGAUCAGAAGAAAUCAAAAAACAACUUUUUGAGGCGAUACUUUAUAUUAGUAGUUUUGUUAGGUCUCUUUGUCAUUGUUGUUUAUCUGAUGGCAAGUUACGGGCGUAACAAUGCUAUAAAUGAUCCCAUGUUAGAUCCGGAUUAUAACCCUCAUAUAAGAAAUUUUAUGGAAGAAAACGGUUAAAAGCGAACAUUGAUAUAAAGUAAACAGUUGUUUACAUGAUAUUAUAAAUCUUAAAUCGUAUGGGAUAUGCGUGAAAAAUAAACGAAAAUUUAUUCACGUUAGAUAUAUUUUUGUGUUCAUACGGAUGUCGAUACGGGUGGGUUAUGUAAUAAUAUUUUAUUUUGUAGUUUCUACAAUGCAUUUUUUUAAAAGAAUUAUUUAAUGAGAUAAAA